AUGCGGCCGAUCGAGCCUGUGGAAGAAGUGGAGGAGCGGAAGCGGAUUGCAUCGCAUUCGUACGGCGAGGCGCUGGAGAAGGAGCGGCUGCGCGGGAGGCGGCGUGGGUUUGGUGGCCCCGCGCCGGUGCUGGGUGACGAGUAUCUGGCGUCGGCGCCUCCGUCGGCGCCGGCGUAUCUGGCUCCAGAGCAGCAGUUCCGGACCGACGUAGCGGCAGAGCUUGCUGCAGAGCAGGCGGCAAAGCGUGCGGCGGACGAUGCGCUGCUGCAGACGAAGCGCGCGGCCCGGGCGCGGCGCGAGGCGGCGAUCCGCGGUGGGGCGGCGGCUCGCGAAGGCGUCGGCGCGGUCGAGUCGGUCGGCUCGGUGCUGUCGGACUGGGGUGCGCCGCCAGCAUCAGGAAGUGCGCGAGACGCAUCCGGCGGGGUGUCAUCGACGGUGCGGUCGAACCACAACGCUCCGGGGAUGGCGUACGACAUUGUAAGCGAGCGGUACCUGGCGUCGGCCGAGGGCGAUAAGCUGCGUGCUCAAGACGAGGACGCGCGGCGACGUUGGGCGAGCCGGGCCCAGGCGCUCGCUGACCGUGAUUCGCGCUCGGGCUACAACCCGAUCACCGGCGCGGCAGUCCAGCCGGUCCGACCGCUGCCGCCGUUCGAGUCAACGGCCCGUGGCGACAGAUACACGGGCCAGUAG